GGACUAAAUUCAUAAUCGAAUUCGAAAGGUGGUAUUCAAAUUUCGGUUAAAAUCUCUCCAAUGGAGCUCUUCCUGUCUCUGUGGUCGUUUUUUAGUACGGAUUUUACACAAUCUUUCCGCGGUUGUUUGAAGGUUUUCUAUGUGGUAUUUGCAUUCGGCUCUGCUCUCUGUCUGGGUGCUCUUAAAGGACUUCUUGUGGGUCCUAUUUCUGCUCUAAUACUGAUUUUAGGGAAUGUGGGGAUAAUUUUGGGCUUGUUUCCUGCGCAUGUUGCCUGGACAAUCUACACACUUAUAAAGAUUGAUAGAUUUGACGCACCACUUAAAGUUGCCAUUUUGUUUGCUUUGCCUGGCCUAUUGGCAAUAUGGUUGGGUUUGAGCAUAGCUGGGAGUGUUCUUGGGGGAGUGGGCUAUGGAUUCUUCACUCCCUGGGUCGCUACAUUUGAGGCCUUUAGGCAUGACAAUGAGUUCAAGAAAUUCAAACAUUGUAUUGUGGAUGGAACUUGGGGUACUGUUAAAGGAAGCUGUACUGUUGUUAGAGACUUUGCAGACCUAUGUUAUCACUCAUACUCAAUCUAUUUGAAGGAGUUGCGCGAAUCCCCCACUUCACAGGAAGUUCAACCUCUAAGGUUGAUUCACAUUCCGGCCUGCAUUAUAGCUGGUGUAUUGGGCCUAAUGGUGGAGAUUCCUGUUUACACUGCAAUUGCUGUUGUAAAGAGUCCAUAUAUGCUGUUUAAGGGCUGGUACCGGCUGAUUCAUGAUCUAAUUAGCCGAGAAGGUCCAUUUCUUGAACUAGCUUGCAUCCCUAUUGCUGGUUUGACGAUCCUUCUGUGGCCAAUUGUGGUUGUUGCUAGCAUCGUAUUGGCAGUUUUCUCAAGCAUUUUUAUUGGAUUGUAUGCACCAGUUAUCGUAUAUCAGGAAAGAUCUUUCAGGAAAGGUGUGGCCUAUGUGAUUGCAAUGGUGGCUGAAUUUGAUGAAUACACAAAUGACUGGCUGUAUCUUCGCGAAGGAACUAUCUUCCCCAAGCCCAAUUAUCGAAAAAGAACUGUCUCUCAAUCAUCCGAGCUUUCUGUGCGAGGAAAUCAGGUGGCUGGAGGCAAAUUCAGUCCAUCUAUGGAAGCACCUGCAAUGCUUAUGCCAACUAUAGCCAAUUCGAGAUCGGUUAGAGCCGUAAUACAAGAAGUGAAAAUGGUACAGAUAUGGGAAAAUAUGAUGAGGUCCUGCGAACUGAGGGGUAAGCAACUGUUGGAUGCUAAUGUAAUAACCCCAACCGACCUCGAGGAAUGGAUGAAGGCAAAGAAUAGUAAUGAUGGAUCUAUUAUCGGUGUCGGUUUGCCUUGUUAUUCAUGCUUGCAGACUCUUCUCUGCUCCAUCAGAUCAAAUUCAUCUGGUUUACUGUUACUGGAUGAUGUUGAAAUUAACCAUUUCAAUAGACCGCAUGAUAAAUUGUUGGACUGGUUCUUUAAUCCUAUAAUGGUCCUGAAGGAACAGAUAAAGGUACAAUUGGCAGAGGGUGAGGUUAGAUUUUUGGAGAAAGUGGUUCUUUUUGGAGGCAAUACACAACGCAUGGAGGCUUGGGAUAAUGGAAGUUUAGCACCUCAAGAUGCUCUGAGAGCUGCUCAAAUCGAGGGCAUUAGUAGAAGGAUGAUUGGAAUGAUGAGAAGUGUCUCAAAGUUUCCUACUUACAGAAGGAGAUUUCGGCUUGUUGUGAAGGCUUUGAUGACACACUCCAUACAGAAUGAAGCUUCUCAUAUAUGCGUUUCAGUUAAAUCUUAUACCUCCAGCGAAGAUGUGCUGGAUGAACCUUAGUUUAUUUCCUCGCUUCCCUUUUGUAUUUUUUUCCCCUUCACAUUAGACUAAUUAAUUUCUCAAAGGACAUGAAUUUGAGCUUGUUGGUCAGAUCAUUAGUUUAUGAGCUUUGCU